UAAACGGACGUGUGAAACAGUGCUUCAAUAAGUGCGACAAGUGGGGAAAACAAAGUGACUAACUACGGCGCCUAUCGUCAAAUGGUGGAAAAUCCAAAAUGCAACAAAUACCAUCAAUAAAAAUAACAAACAAAGGCGAAACAUAUUUUAUAAACAGAGCUACAGAUUUAAUAAACCUGAAUCAAUCAAUAAACGAAGAUUAGGAUUGCUCAGUUACAAAGGAAAUAGAAAUGGAAACUACACAAAAGAAUGAUCAGAAGAAUAACAUCAACAACGAACUAUCACAUCAGGAUGAAAUCUGGAAGGUGGUAACUUCCAACGAAAAACGAAAAAUAACAACAAACACAAACGUUAAGAGGGCUGUAGAAGUAGAAAAGCAACAAUGGCUACAAGAAAUUAUUCUCCGAAACUCCUUCAGCGCACUGUCAGAAGAGAAAGAAACAGAUCUAGCCGAAAAACCAAUAUCCCACAUCGCCAAAUCACCACCAAUCUACAUAGAUCCCCAUAUAAUAGACCCCCUCAUUGAACUACUGAACAACACGGUAGGAAAAGAAAACUACAGUAUUAAACAACUAAAACUGGAUCAGGUAAAAGUAUAAACGAACACCUCAGAAACUUUUAGAAAAGUGACAAAAGCACUAAAAGAGAAAAACGCUGGAUAUCACACUUACCAGCUCAAAACAGACAAAAGCUACAAAGCAGUAAUAAGAGGAAUACAUCCCAAAACAAAUACAAGCAACACAUGCGAGGAACUAGCUAAAAUCGGAAACCAGUUCUAAACAUAAUAAUAACAGUGGAGCCACCUAGACAGUGUCAGCAAUUUUGACACACAAAAAAUUACUGCAACAGAAACCCGGCGUGUGUCAAAUGCGCAGAAAAGCACCUAACAACGAACUGCCCAUACAUGGGAGAAAUAAAUGAUGUAAAAUGCUACAAUUGCAACGGAAAACAUCCAGCUAGCUACAAAGGCUGCAUA